CGUCUUUCAUCACCGGUAGUAGCAGUCUGGCUGAGCUCACAUCCAGUCUAUCAGAGCAACAAGCCUGUCCACCGUGCGACCCACACGGUCUAUGUACACAGAAAAUGCCCGGAAAGUGACUACGGAGGCCGGCAGCACUGUCCGGACAUUGGCACUGGACUCAGCGGAGGUUUUCAGACGGACAAACCCGAGUCUCCUGCUCCGUAUCCGCAGCAUUAGGCCUCAUGGAGCUGGGGACUCAACGCCUGCUGUGCACUAGGGAGCUCGAUCCAUGCCCUGUCCCCAGCAAGCAACCAUAAAGGGGGGGGAACCUUAAUUACCCUUCAGAUCCUUUUCCCAUCCCUCCCCCUAAACUUCCCCUGUUGUGAUAUUGUCUUCUCUCGUCUGUGGCCUGCAACAUGAUUGGCAAGCUGAAACAGAAUUUGCUGGUGGCCUGUCUGGUCAUCAGCUCAGUCACAGUCUUCUACCUGGGCCGCCACGCAAUGGAGUGCCACCAUCGUAUCGUGGAACGCAACCAACCGGGUGGGAUCCUGCCUCUGUCAGCACUCGGAGGAAGCAUGCGGACCACCUUACGGACUGGCCAGAACCUCAGCACUCCUUUUGUUUACAGUAAAGACAUGCCACUCAUCUUCAUAGGUGGAGUGCCCCGCAGUGGGACCACGCUAAUGCGAGCCAUGCUGGAUGCCCAUCCUGAAGUACGCUGUGGUGAAGAAACCCGCGUCAUCCCACGUAUCCUAGCCAUGAAACAGAUGUGGAGCCGCUCCGGUCGGGAGAAGAUGCGCCUGGAUGAGGCCGGUGUGACAGAUGAGGUGCUGGACGCCGCCAUGCAGGCCUUUCUGCUGGAAAUCAUUGUCAAACACGGAGAGCCCGCCAACUUUCUUUGCAACAAGGACCCUUUUGCACUGAAGUCGCUUUCCUACCUAGCCAAAAUAUUUCCCCGUGCCAAGUUUGUACUUAUGAUUCGUGAUGGCCGGGCUUCAGUCCACUCCAUGAUCUCACGGAAGGUGACGAUUGCUGGCUUCGACCUGGGCAGCUACCGGGACUGCCUGACCAAGUGGAAUCGGGCCAUAGAGACAAUGUACACUCAGUGCCUAGAGGCAGCGGAUAAAUGUCUACCUGUGCAUUAUGAACAGUUGGUCCUUCAUCCUGAGAAAUGGAUGAGGACACUGCUGAAAUUCCUUGACAUUCCUUGGAAUGAUGCUGUCCUCCACCAUGAGGAGCUCAUUGGGAAAGCUGGAGGAGUGUCCCUCUCUAAGGUGGAGAGGUCCACAGACCAAGUCAUCAAGCCCGUCAAUGUGGAGGCCUUGUCCAAGUGGGUGGGGAAGAUCCCGGCUGACGUGGUGAGGGACAUGGCCGUCAUCGCCCCCAUGUUGUCUAGACUGGGCUACGACCCCCAUGCCAACCCUCCCAACUAUGGUCGGCCUGACCCGAAAGUCCUGGACAACACCAGAAGGGUCUUUAAAGGUGAAUUUCAGCUCCCAGAUUUCCUAAAAGAACAGUCACAGAUUCAGAGGUCUGCAGAGAAACCCAACCCCAGUUAGGAGCAGAGAGAGUGCCACACUACAACAUACAGGACUCGGUGCAGUGGAACAGAAAAUCAUGGACAACGUCUCACCCAUCUCACCAUCUGUGUUGGCCUCAGCACCUUACAGAGUUCACAUGACCACAGCAGCACCCCACUCCCCCGGGCUGCUACCACUCGUCGUCUCCGGAGAACUCUUGGCCUUCUAUGUUGUACUGUACAGAAAAAGAUACUAAUACUUGUCACACAGAAUGUCUGCUGAUUGUUAUUUUUGGUGUCACAUCACGCUCAUCGAUUUUUAGAAAUGAUUUCGGCUAUUUAGAGAAAAAAAAGUGAACUGAAAUUGCAAGAAGUAUUUAUGAAUGGGGAAAUUAGCUUUUGGAAGAUGCAAUACCUAUUUUAAUGUUACAUUUUUUUCAUGCCUUUGUAUUGUGCAAUGUCAUGGAUACUGAUCAGUUUGAAGUAUCAACCGUGAUAAACAAAGCUUUUUUUAAAAAA